GAAACUUUCUUUCGUUUUGAAUUUUGAAGAAUUAAACAAGCUUUGCAGUUUUAAAACAAUUUAUAUUUUAAAAUCCCAACCAGGAUGUCUGAAAAUAAUGUAAAUAUGAAAUAAAUGUGGAUAUAGUCUUGUAUAGGCUCAUUAGCUCUCUGUAGUUCAGGUGUCACCUUUUGCCUUGUUCAUAGAUAGGUCUUUUUGUUUUUGAGAUAGUGUGCGUAACUUUGCUUGGAGCAAAUUUUUUUGUAAAAACAUCUGUUAGAGCAAAUGAAUAUAUGUUUAUAUUAUGUCACAAUAUUUCUGUACAGUUGUCAUUGUUACACCAUAAUGUUGGUUUUGUUUUGUAAUUGCUGCAACAUAAUUGUCUUUUAUCUGUUGUUUUGUCUCACUGCCUCAUAAAUUUUUGUCCUGUCAAAGUUGAUAAACUGGAUAGGAUGUCCUAAUUAAGAAAUUAUUGAGUACAUGUGAAAUAUUUGUAUUAUAUUUGGUGAAUUUUUGAUUUUAGGAAUAAUCUGGUAUAUUUAAAAUUUUUGAGUUUAUGAAAAAAUUUUAAUAAUGUACUGGAAUAUUUUAUACAUCCCCGAAAUGAAUUCAUGACGGAGAAAUGUUGAAUUUGAAAUUAUUUUACGAUCGACCCAGACUCACAAACUUGAGCUGUUUUAGCAAUAUUUGAUAUAAAUUUCGACUGCAGAUAGAGGUAAAUCUCUAUUCCAAUUCAUAAUUUUUAGAAAAAAAAUUCUACAGGUUGUUAAAAAAGUCAUACAAAAUAAAUUUAUUUUCUCAUGGCCAUGUUAAAAAAGUAACUAACUAACUGUUGAAAAGUGUCAAUCGUGAAAUGUUUAAAUGGCAUUUCACUGUAAUUCAAUACUGUUAAAAGGUGUCAGUUGUUAAAUAUUUCAAGUAGCAUUUCAUCUUAACUUUGUUAAUUUUGCGUUUCUCUUUUAACACCCUGCAAGCCGUUUGUGAUAGACUAUUGAUAACAUUUUUGACUUUAUUUGAAGUCUGUAAUUUUUAAUCCCAGGAAUUUUUGAGUCCAACCAAAUCCUGUUUUCUUUAAUUAUAUGUUUGAAACCGCUUUCAUGAUUUUUGAGUUUUUGUUGAUAAUUCUCACUUAACUCGCCACUGAUAAAAGUCUAAAACUCCAAUUCAUAAGAAAUAAAAUUGCGACCCUGACACCCAAGGUGACCCAACCAUGAGUAGUCUAAAAUGCGACUCCAAUUCUACAAUUGAAAAAUCCACACCGAGCUUUGGCUUCAGGCUCAUUUCCUAAUAUCAUAAAGACUUGCCAAACUUCUGCUCCUUAGCCCCUGCUUUAAACAACGUUCAAAAUUCUAAGCAAAGCUAUAAAAUAGCAAUUCUUCAUAAUUUUAUUUUUCUAUUUCAAAUAUAUUAUAUGCAUUUUUUAUUCAGAUUAUUAAUAAUAUUUUUAAAUAACAUGGAUAUAGGCAGUGGAUUAGUGAUACAGACUCGUACUGUGAACGGAAAACCAUCUGCAGGAAUAUUUUUAAAUUCUGGAAACGUUGGAAAUAAUUACCGGGAUAAAACCAAGACAAAAUAUGGCCGAUAUCCGAUCCGUAACCGCACGACUGCGACAGAAAAUACCAAAAAUUCGAGUAAAAGGAUUACGAAUACUGCAACAGAGAAAAAAACUGAUUCAAACAGUCAGGAAAUAAAGCCGAAGAACCAAAGAGUUCAAAGCGGAAAGAAGGCGCCAGCAACUACAAGUGAAAAUCAGAAAGAAAAACCCACAACAACAACAGACAGACCACCAUUGAAGAAAACAACUGACAGGGUCAAAGUUCAACCAACAAACAGGAAGCUAAAACCAGGAAGUAAGGGUCAAGAAUUCAACAAAGAUCAGGAAGUCAAUACAAAAUUUGUGACCUUGACCCAAGGUCAACUUAAUACUAUUUUGAGUCUUGUAAAAAGCAAGAAUGAGAUCGACAUCUCGAACGUACUGGAGAAUAAAGAUGAACAGGAAAAAGAAAAUGCUGAAAAUCUAAAGAAUGAGGAUGAAAACGACAUGAAUUCAGCUGGGAAGGAUGAAAAUAACUCAAGCCGUCCAACUUCUGGCAAAUAUUCCAAAGAUGAUAUAACUAAGGCUGACGAAAAUGUGACGAAUCUACUCAAAAAUGGAGAAAAGCCUGACGCUUCUGAAAAGGGAAAGAGUGAAUUGGAGAAAAAGAAAAAAAGUACUGAACAGAAAACAACUGAAAAGGGGAAGAAAAAUACAGGAGAAAAUUUAAACAAAACGAAGAAUGACGCUAAAUCCAGGGAAAAUUCAAAUUUAACAAAUGAAAGUUAUGAAACUGACAAACCGGACUCAAAUUCAAGUCUGAGAUCGCAGGAAUGUUUACCGGCUGCAAUGCGAUCAUCGUUUUUCUUCGGUGAGGCCGGUCCGAGAGAACACGCAUUCAGUGCCAAGAAACGUGAGGAACAACAAAGAUGGCGUGAGGAGUUAGAUAAACAGAGGAUCGAACAGCAAGAGAAAAAAGUUUCGGAACGCAACGCUCGGUUUAGAGCGGAAGAAAACGAAUCCUGGUCUAAACAUUUCGAUACCAUGUUGCCAACGAAAGUUUCUCCUAGACAAAAUGAAGUACGAAGUAGUUUAAAUGUCGCCGAUAGUGUAACUGAUAUUUCACUGAAUACCCAAACAGUCAAUUUGCCAAAGAAUGUUAAUACGGCCCCGGUCCCGAGUUUCGGAAAUAUUGCCGCACUUUCAGCAACAAGUGAGGGUUCUGUCUCCAAUUCUAUUGAAGUGUCUGAGAACAGAGAAUUUGGAAGCACAAUGCCGACGAAUUUGGGCACAAACUCUGCACCGCAGCGUAGCAGUUACCUUCGAACUAUGACCUCUUUGCUUGACCCUGCUCAAAUAGAGGCUUUGGAACUCAAACGUCAGAAGCAGGAGGAACAUCGGAGGGCGAUAGAGGCUCAAGUUGAAGAACGCAAGCGCAAAAAAGAAGAAGAGGAAAAUUUACGACGUCAACAUGAAAUAGAAGAAGAUCGACGGUUAGCGGCGGAGCACGACAUGCUUGCUCAACAAACGGAAUUGGAAAAACGGCGUCAGCAGUUGCAGGAAAACAUGCGAGAACAAAAAACCAAAGAACUCUAUCAGCAAAUGAAAGACGCACAAGAGAGCGCGCUUCGUGAUAAAUUAUCGCGCAGAGAACAAAUAUUGCGCAACAAAGGUCACGACACUUCACGGUUGGAGCAAACUCAUCAGCUCACUCUUGAAACGACUCGUAAAUUUAUUGAACGACCUUUAGCUCAAACAUCACAAGUUACUUUGGCUUCCUCGUCAUUGACCAAUCUACAUUUACCAACAGAGGUCAUUUCAAUGGAAACCGUAACACCAAGGCAAGCUGUUGCUAUUGGUGAUGGUCAUGCACCAAUGGCGAUGACGGCUCAAACAGACAAAGGUCCCAUACAGUUUGAAAUUUCGUUAAAUCAAAUUAAACAGGGAGAAAUGGUGGAAUCCGCAGUGCAAACAGACGAUAGGAUCAGUGAUGCACGGCGAGGAAAUGAGAGAAAUGUUCGAUAUCAAAAUGAGAGAACCAGUGAUGCACGACGUCUUCGUUUAAACGAUGGAUACGACAGCGAUGAUAUGACUGAGUAUAUGCAACUCCCUCAGAGGAAUAACACCAAAAAGAAAGAAAGAGAUAGGAGGGGGAAGUCCCAGAAACUGCAAAAUUAUGAGAGAGAUUUGGAACGACAGUACGACCAGCAUUCACGUAAUGUUAUUCAACCACGACCAAAGAAAAAUGAAAAACGACCAAAAUGGGGGGUGGGUGACAAAAAUAAAAAUUUUGUUCCUGCGUCACAAAGAUAUACUACCGGUCAACAAAUAAAGGAAGCUGUUAUGAGACGAGAGCGGGAAGAACGCACCGGAGUCAAUGAGCCGGAAAGGUCACAGAUGUCACAAUCACCGAUGCGUAACCAUGUUCCAGAUCACCAGCGUCCACGAUCACCGGUAGUACCAGCUGCACGUCAUCAACAGAAGUCUCAAGCUCGGCAAACUAAUCGAGGAACGGUACGCAAUCGACCUUCAUCUGGAAUUCAUGCGACCACUGAGCAAGCGAAAUACAGGCAAGAAAAACACUCUCGGGAUUCCCCCGUUCCAGAGACGAGUGACUUUGUACAAUACCGAAGAACUACAGACGUUCUCGACCCGAGUAAAGUGGAAUCGCGACCAGAGACCGGACCUAUGAAAUCUCGAACAGAAUUUGUCCAAAGACCUGAUCGUCCACUUCCUGCUGUGGGGUCAGGGGUCGAAGGUGGUGACCCCCUGCUGAACCCAGAUAUUAUCAGACAGCAUGAGAGGCAAGACCAGAUCUUAAAAGAAAUCUCAAUUCUUCGCCAAGGCCUUCUAAUCAAGCAGAGAGAAGUGGCAAGCUAUCCUGCGGCAAUCACACAUUCUAUGGCCGUACCUUCAGGGAUUGCUCCAACGAAUCUUGUACUUGCUGCGGGAGGGAAUUUACCUGAGCGCACAAAUGAUACCCGUUAAUUCAAAACUGUUUUUUUGUUAAAUAUUAAAUUUUUAGUUCAUAUUAUUCAGGGGUUCCAGAUUUUUCUGUGGCAUUCUCUUCUUAUUGUUUUAUUCUAUGUGCCCCAUUAUAUAACUCAUAAUUUAUCCCAAUCUGAUACAGAACUGUUAUCUCACUUUUUGUACAAUGUUCUAUAUUUUAUAUUAUAAUAUUCCGAGACUCUAAAACUUUCUGGUCAAGAUAUUUUUCAUUUAAUUCCUGUGUGCCUUCCCUCCCCCUUAAUCCUGGCAAAUUUAAAUAUUUUGAUAAACUUUAGCAGCUUUUUUUUGUGCUAUAUUCAAUUUUUGGUACUCCAGAAGUACGUGCACCAAGAUGGCGGGCACCGGAACGUAGUAUUGUACCAGGUUGGACCAU